UUGCAAUUAGUUUUUCGUUUUUGUUUGUCCCAAACGCGUCGCGAAAUUAGCGCAAUUUAUUUAGAAUAGUUCGUGAAUAUUUCACCAAUUUCAUUGGGACUAUAUUUAUAUUUUCUUCGCACUUCAACUUCAACAACGAGUAACGAAAAUGUUUCGUAAUCUUGUAAAUUUGACAAAUAAAUACAAGGUGUUGCGGGGCAUGCUGUCUUAUGGAACAUUGUGGCCAUGCGGCUGCCUCAUCGAACAGACGCUGAUCGAGAAACGGACAUUCCGCACCUACGACUGGAUGAAGUGUCUGAGAUUCGGUUUGUUUGGCUUCUUCUUUAUGGGACCGACAAUAUAUGUUUGGAUAAGACUGGCUGGCGUCAUGUGGCCACGCACGGAUAUUAAGUCAUCGCUGUGCAAGGCGAUCACCGAACAAACCGCUUACGAUCCGAUGGCCAUCAGUUCCUUUCUCUUCUUCAUGACUCUCAUGGAGGGCAACUCAUAUGCCCAGGCGAGGCAGGAGGUUGCCGAUAAAUUUCUGGAUGCAUAUAAGGUCGGCGUUAUUUAUUGGCCCUGCGUGCAGACGGUGAACUUUGCCUUCGUUCCGGCGAGAAAUCAGGUUGUCUUCACCUCCUUCUUCAGCAUGUGCUGGACCACAUUUUUGGCCUAUGUGAAAUUCCUGCAAUUGCAUCCACAUGUCGAUGUUGAUCAUCAUGCGGUGGACAUACACUUUUUGGAAAUGUAAACGUUAAUAAUAAUAAAGAAAAAAUACUAACUGUUAAUACAAAA